GGACAGCAGGAGCAGCAAUUCAACAUCCUUCCCCACCCCGCUAAAUCUAAUGACACGGCAGACUUGGUCGGGAGGCCCGGGCGUGAUGCGGGUUUGACCAGCAAGCCUGAGUUUCACGCCUACCACGCUCGAGAUCCGCAUGUGCCUAGCAAGGACAUCCUCAAUAGCCUCGAAGCUCCAUUGAGUCGUGAAGAACUUCAUAGAAGGGAAGAGGAGCUCAACAAGAAGUAG